AGCUUGUAGCAGAAACUUGAGCACAUCCCAACUACCUGCAGUCUUCUCCACAGGCAAAAAUCAACUCAACCGCAACGCAGCGGAUGCAAAUUACCGCCCGGUCAAAUGAUACCGAGAGGCUAAGUACAUAAAAAAGUACAGCACGGACGGAACACGAGUAGGUUCAAUAGUUUAUCGGUGCGAUCCCGCAACGAAAGCUGUGCGGUGCAGUGUACAAGUUUAGGAAACCAAUCAAUCAUCCAUCGAACUGUCGGACGAGCGCAAGAUUCCACUUCCAUCAGUAUGUGCAAAUCAGUGCUGGCGUUCUCAGAUGACAACUUUGCGCGCAGUGAAUGAGAAGUUUGAGCGGGAACCUCCUUGAGGCGAAUUUUGAGCCGUUUUCUAGUGCCGCCAGUAACCGGAAGUUCGGAGUGUUUAGCAUCCAGGCGCAAUUGUUCGCCGCCCUGUGAAGUCUUGAGUUUUACUUUUUGAUGUAGCUGCAUGAUCGAGGAACCACACCGACUACCAGUCGUACUGUGGGCUUUAACUACAAAUCGAUUGAGAUAAAUCAUAUCGUUCUAUGGCGUAAGCUGUGUCGCAAAGUAAUUCGUCCAUUCGAUAAUCACCAUGUACUGCUCAGCCCGAACCGCUGCUAUCAGCAGCUCGAGCCGGUGCAAAUCUCCAUACAGUAGUAGCUGCAGUCGCCUUUCCGAUUACGACCUAGAAGCAGGGGAACGUACUCCGUUGUUGUUCAAAAAGGUUGCAAAGGUCCAACCUGCAUACGAUAAGCAGGAAAAUCAAUUGCAACCCUUCCCGGCAACGGCUCUCCUUGGCAUCUUGACGUUGCUUCUACUUCUGCUAAUAGGGGUUAUAAUCGCCAUCUAUUUGCUAUUGCUACAAGUUCCUCACCCGUGGCCGGUGUCCCAUCCGUUCUAUUUGGUGGAACGUCAUGCGUGGUGGUCACACCCAGCAGCAUUGGAAGCAUUACCCUUGAACAAAUCAGCUGUUCAUAAUGUGAUCGUCGUUGAUACCGAUAGCGAGACUUGUCUCAAUCAUGCUGAAUGUACUCAAUUUGCUCGCAAUGUGCAACAGAACACCUGGACGGAGAAUGGAACCCACAUUCCGUACAACUUCUUGAUCGGCGGUGAUGGGAAGACUUACGAGGGACGCGGUUGGAGAGUACAGCAUGGUUUCGCUGAUCUUCCGGGUAAGAAUGACACCGUCGUCGUUGGAGUUAUAGGAACAUACGAUGAGAAUCGCCCUUCUGAAAUCAUGUAUGCAGAAAUAAAGGCACUGAUUACCGAAUCCAUCCGUCGGCUUUAUUUAUCGCCCGCUUAUCGACUGUACGGUAUAAUGGACGAGUCAGACCCCACUAAUGAACCUCCGGCGUUAUAUUCAGAGCUGAGAAAUUGGAGACAUUGGACGGGAUUUAUUACAAAAUAAGGAGACGUGUUGCAGCGAUAUCCAAAGAAGGUUGUCGAAGUUGCAUUCGACGGAAUUCGAUCAAAAGUAUUAUUCUACACCUAGAAAAGUGAAUCUCAUAUAUAUUGUAAACUCAUUUGUAUUGUGAAAAACGCUUUUAGUAACCAAUCUCAAUCGAAAGUAAACGAAUGAAAGUAAGA